AUGACGAUAAUCAAUGGUUUACAGGCUGAAUCUGAACAAACAAGAAGUGUAACGGUAGUAGAUAAAGAUUCCGUCUUAAAAAACAGAUUAUGCCAGUCAUACAAUGAUCCACAUUUCAGAACUUUUGAUGGAAAAUACUAUGAUUACAUGGGAGUUGGCGAAUAUGUAAUGUACAAAAAUGACAUUGGUCCUUAUAGGGUACAUGCAUUAUUUACAAGUUGUGGUGCUGGUAUACCCGGUACAUCGUGCAUUUGUGGAAUAGCAAUACGGAGCAAAAAUACUUUGUUCGUUUUACGUUUAUGUGAGAUGAUUUCAAGGAGAGAAAAAUAUUUGCUCAAGCAACCUGUUAUCAUACUGACGACGUCUUGUGGUAAAAAUGAUAUGACAAUCAUCAACACCAAUAAUAAUUUCAAGAUUGUAUUGCCAAUUGGAACAGAAAUACAAUUUUCCAUAGCGAGGCGAUUUAUAAGUGUAAUUUCUAUAAAACCAUCUGUGAAGGAUAUUAAUGCAGCAAAAGGACUUUGUGGAGUUCCUAGUACAACAAAAGAUCCAUCAGAUGACUUCUUCGGCCGUAUAUAUGGACCAACCAAUGAUGUUAAGAUCUUCGCAGAUUCUUGGAGGAUAUUAUCAGAUAUGGUGGAUGAAAAACUGUUUAACGAGGAGCCGAUAUUUUUGAAAGCAAACAACAAUGCGUAUAAGUCUAUUGGUACUGUUGACAAUAAUAAAAAUAACCCGGAUUUGGCAACAUUUUGUUCGUGUGAGCAACAACCUGGGAGUACCGAUUCACCUGAAGACUUUGAUAGUGUAAAUUGUAAUUUAACAGAUAGCACUCAGCAAUGUUCAUCAGAGUCAUCAAGUUCAUCAGCCACCAGCAACUUUUCGAAAUGGAUGGACGUUUGA